AUGGCGCCCAUGAAGGACGCGAACAUCGUGAAAAUAGCCGUGGAAAUGACCGAUCAGGUACCGCAGCUGAUCGAAUUCAAUCAAAAGCAACCCCUGGCUGGUAUAAUACAGGAAUUGUGCAACGGCUGGAAUCUCACGGAGCCCGAACAGUACGCUCUGCAAUUCAACGAAAACAACAACAACAAUUACAUAACCGAAAAGAACCGCAACGAAAUCAAAAACGGCUCGGUACUGAGACUGCAAUUCUCCCCAUCGAAGACGGCCCAAGAUAUCCUUUUGAAACUAAACACCGGCACGCCCGACGAAAAAGCCGCAGCUAUGAACAAACUAUCGAUACUCAGCUCGGACAUUACCUUCGCUUUGGACUUCAUCAACAAACAGGGCCUGUCGUUGCUCAUCAAGCAGAUCGAAGGCGCCAAAUGCAAGGGCGUCGUCCUCGCGCACACUCUCAUAUCCUUCGUCGAACUCAUGGAGCACGGCAUCGUCUCCUGGGACAUCCUCAACGGCGAAUUCAUCUCUAAAGUAGCCAACUUCGUUAACACUCCGCAAGAAGCGCAAGUCACCCAGGCAGCUCUGUCGAUAUUAGAGAACGUAGUGCUGAAUAGCACCGAAGGUUACGGCCAGGUCGAACGCGAGAUCCCCAUCGGGUCUUUAGUGACCCAUUUACAAUCCACUCCGGUAGUUCAACAGAACGCCGUGGCGCUCAUAAACGCUCUACUAUCCAGAGCCGAUGUGACCAAACGAAGGACUCUGGUGGCUACGUUAACAUCGAAACAAGUCCGCACUGUUAUACAGAAUAAUAUACUCCAAACGGGCGCUGCGAAAGGCAACGAAAUGGCCCAUCAACUGUACGUUCUGCAAACGCUCAUGUUAGGCCUGCUCGAGCAACGCAUGAUGACCAAAAUGGACCCUCAGGAUCAGGACGGUCACGAUAAGAUCAAGGAGCUGCGCCGCAUAGCCUUCGAGAGCGAGGGGGCGUCGAGUUUGAGAGGCCCCGGCGGCUUCACGAGGGACUACAAGAAACUGGGAUUCAAAAACGACAUCAAUCCGGCGCUGGAUUUCAACGAGACCCCGCCCGGGCUGCUGGCCCUCGACUGUAUGGUCUACUUCGCGCGCAACCACCCGGAGAACUACACGAAGCUGGUGCUGGAGAACAGCUGCAGGGCCGACGAGCACGAGUGCCCCUUCGGCAGGGCCGGCGUCGAGCUGGUCAGGAUACUCUGCGACAUUUUGAAAAUCGGCGAGCCGCCUUCGGAGCAAUGCGUUACGUACCAACCGCUGUUCUUCACGCACGAUCAUCCAUUCGAAGAGUGUUUUUGCAUUUGCAUAAUACUGUUGAAUAAAACGUGGAAGGAGAUGAGGGCUACUGCUGAAGAUUUCCAGAAAGUGGCCAGCGUGGCUCAGGAGCAGAUCGUUCGAGCGUUGGAAACCGUACCGGUGUCUUUGGAUCAAUUAAAAAUUAAAUUGCAUACGUUGACUUACAACGAAAUCACGCAACUGUGGCAAUCGGAGAGGAACACGAGAGAGGAAUGGGAAUCCCACGCUAGACCGGUGGUGGAACUUCGUGAGCAAAUCACCCCGGAUAUUAUGGAGCUGAUUAAACAGCAACGACUCGCUUUUUUGGUCGAAGGUACUAGAUUCACGAAGUACUCGCCGAGGGGUCGCAUAAAAGACAAAUUCUGGUACAUGCGCCUGUCUACCAACCACAAAGUACUCCACUACGGCGACUGCGACGAGAAGAGCGCCCCCUCGACCGAAGAACUCCAAUCGAAGUUAGCCGUGUCCGAUAUAAAAACCUUACUCGUAGGACGCGAUUGUCCCCACAUGAAAGGCCGCAAAGCCUCCUACCACCUAGCCUUUUCCCUCGCAUUAGAAGGAGCGGAUUUGCAAUCGUUGGACUGCGUAGCCCCCGACGAGCAGGCCUUCGCCUACUGGACGGACGGCUUGAACGCUUUGAUAGGCAACAGGAUGCAGAGCAAGGAGACCGAGAAGGACCUCGACACGUUGCUCAGCAUGGAGAUCAAACUGAGGCUGUUGGACGCCGAGGGGGUGGCCAUUCCGCAGGACCCGCCGCCCAUUCCGCCCGAUCCGCCCCACUAUCACUUCUGCUACGAUUUGAAGUGA